AUGGAGGCACUCAAGAAAGAUGGCUCCAGUAAUAUGAUUGGAAUAUGUGGGUUGGGAGGUGUUGGUAAGACAACACUGGCAAAACAAGUUGCCAAGAAAGCAAAGGAAGAGAAAUUGUUCGAUGACAUUGUGAUGGCAACAGUUUCGCAAAAUCUUGAGGCGAGGAAGAUUCAAGGUGAAAUUGCAGAUAUGUUGGGUUUCAAAUUUCAGCAAGAGAGUGACUCUGGAAGGGCGGAUGUGUUGCGUGACCAACUCAAACAAAAAGCGAGAAUUCUCGUCAUAUUGGAUAAUGUUUGGAAGUGGGUUGAACUGAAUGAUAUUGAAAUUCCAUUCGGAGAUGAACAUAAAGGUUGCAAAAUUUUGGUGACUUCCCGAAGUGAAGAGGUUUGCAACGAUAUGGGAGCUCAAAAAAAUUUUCCAGUUCAAAUCUUGCAUAAAGAAGAAGCAUGGAAUCUUUUCAAAGAGAUGGCCGGAAUUCUAGAAGACGACACUAACUUCCAGUCCACGACGAUGGCAGUUGCAAAUGAAUGUGGAGGCCUACCGAUCGCAAUAGUUACAGUUGCAAGGGCACUCAAAGGCAAGGGCAAGUCAUCAUGGGAUUCUGCUCUUGAAGCAUUACGCAAGUCAAUUGGAAAAACUGUUAAGAGAGAUUAUGAUAUUCCAAUCGAAGACCUUGUGAGAUAUGGCUAUGGACAAAAGUUGUAUGAGGGCAUUAAAAGCAUGGGUGAAGCAAGGGCUAGAGUACAUGACAAUGUUGAUCACUUGAAAAAAUGCUUUUUAUUGAUGGAUGGCAAAAGUGAAGUACACGUUAAAAUGCAUGACGUGGUACAUGGUGUAGCUAUAUCGAUCGCAUCUAGAGAGGAACAUUCGUUUAUGGUUAGGUGUGAUGAAGCACUGAAAGAAUGGCCAGAGCAAGAACGACGCGGGAACUAUGGUGUAGUUUCAAUGAGAUGCACUAGUAUGGAGUGGGGCUACCUGAUAAUUUAG